AUGAUGGGGUCGUUUCUUAACGGACGCGUUGUUCCAGACCACCGAAUGGGAACAGCGGCUGAAAAUCCCCCGAGCCGUGUGGCACCAGAAUGGCAUCAAUAUCAAUCGGUUACGAGUUUUUCAGACACUUCAGUCCCCCCUGGUAUGCAACAAGCCGACAGAGCGGUGUCUCUAUCGACAACCGGCAGCUUCAGCCCAUCUCCAAAAAGAUUGAAGGAUUGGUCUCGAGAUGAUUCACGGCGAGACUCGGCUAGGAAGAAAAAGUCCUUUGGGUACUCUCCGAUGAGUGACCGCACCUCUGGGAGCAGCAAGAGACUGUUGUUGCUGCACCGACGGAUCGGGAGGGUGAUCUGUGGGCUUGGGCCUGCAUUGUCGCCAUCCACUGACUCCCUAAUACACAACUUCUUUCAGUUUACUCAUCUUGCUAAUCUCUUUUACGAUCAAGAUGCAUUUCUGAGUCGAUUCCCUUGUGCAUUAGAUCUGGCCACAGGAAAGCAUGAAGAGCAAGCUGUCGUUCUUGUAGUCUUUGCGCUCGGUUCAAUCGUUGGGAAAACUGUACGGAGCCAGUAUGUGGAGGGCGAGGCCAUCCCUGGAAUGGAAUUUUUCAGACCAGCUCUGCACGUCCUAACAAGUUCGUGGGCCGCAGCCUUUUGCGGAACCUUGACUUUACCACACGGAUUGGUUUUGUGCGCAACAUACCUCUCCUAUCUGGCGCAGCCAUUGAGAGCCUGGAAGCUUAUUCAUUUAGCAUCUACAACGGUGCAGCAACUGCUAAUAAAUGAACCCGAAAAGGAUGAACUCUUUCGGAUUGCAUGGUCAUGUUUUCUUAUCGAAAGGGUCCAUUAUCCCCCCAACUCGCCCCACGGUUUAUCAUCUAGCACACCAGAAGAUUUACUUGACGUCUGUAACGACCUUUGUCGCCGGCUAGAUAUAUGGCAUCAGUCUCUACCGGCCUUCAUUCAACCUGAUUUGUCGUCGCAAGAAGAUGCAAACUCACAAUCCUACAUUCUCCGACUUCGGUACUGGUCUACCAGGGAUAUUAUUUGUCGUCCACUUGUUGCAUACGUCGCCUCUUUGGCCCCAGAAGAAACGGUCUCUCCUGAAAUCAUGGAUAAAUGUCGCACAGGCCUCUUCAGUUGUCGGUCUUUCCUCUUUUUUUCGGGGAACUUGUUGUCCCAAUACACGCCAUACACGUACAGUGCAUCGAUAAAUUGCUUCGGAUGCGCUAUCAUUCUUUCCCUCGCCGCUCAAUCUCCUAUACUGGGACAAUCUAUAUCGCAAAUCAACGAGCUUCAAAACAUGGCUGUCGCAAGAAUCAAGCUGUGGGCACAACCUCUUACAAGUAUUGAAUGCGCACUCGAAAUCCUUGUAAUUUUACAGACAAAGAUGCGUUAUCGAUGA